AUGUCUUCUUUGUCCAUUCCCUACGAAAAAGCGGGCGUUCCGCUGCAUGAUCAGCCUCCUUCGGUUGAUGCUCCCACGUCUUCGUCGAGAUUGUGGACAUGGGCGUCUCCCAUCACGUUCAGAUAUUCACGCUUCAUGUCGUGGCGGAAAAAUACACUGGGUUUGACAAAUCCUGGAAAAAUAGAGGAUCUCCAAAAAGAGGUGAAAAGUACUCAUCUCACCAACUUCAUAUUUGAUGGGGCUCGUGCGGACCUUACAAAGGGGUUGUCGAUGAACCCUGCUUUCCAAGUUACCCAUUCCUUUUCACUUGCCUCCCAAACCAACCCCUCCCAGUACAACUUUGGCGCAAUCUUUGCCAGCAACAAGGUGUUCAUGCAAGGCAACGUUGACCACGAAGGGAACAUUUCUUCGCGGUUUAAUUAUGGGUGGACGCCGUCAAGUGUCACUAAAAUGCAGGCCCAAAUUGCGAGCUCCCCAGUUGGCCACAGCAUGCUGCAAGUUGAGCAGGAUCACCAAGGCUCGGACUACAGUUGGAAUCUUAAAACCGUGAACCCAUCCCCAACCGACCUUAGUGGACUUUAUGUCGGGAGUUAUUUGCAGUCCGUGACCAAAAACCUUGCUCUCGGCUGUGAAACUCUCUAUCAUUCCGCAUUACUCCCCGGACAACCGUCCGAUUUCAGCACGUCCUUUCUCGCCAAAUAUGCUGCUAAAGAAUGGAUUGCUACCGCUCAAUUGCAGCCUGCUGGUAUUCUGCAAGCGACAUACUGGCACAAGCUUGGAGAGAAACUUGAGGUAGCAGCAGAUCUGCAAGUGAUAGUAUCCCCCUUCCGACGCGAUGCCGUCGCAACCGUAGGCGCCAGAUACAAUUUAAGAACGGCAACUUUCCGCGCUCAGCUUGACUCAUCUGGCAAGGUUUCUGCCUUGCUUGAGCAACAGCUCGCACCAACAUUUGCGUUCCUUGUAGCUGGCGAAAUUGACCAUGUCAAGACGACGUCAAAAGUUGGUGUGGGCAUCAUGAUAGAAUCUAAUUCCCUGCAAGCAGAGGAAACUGGACUUCCUUCCCCGUCACCAUACUAG